GUCGCGAGGACUACGCACGGUCUUAUAUGUUCUCGCGACUUCCUUCUUCCGGAAGGAUUUGGUACUUGAUGAUUUAAGACGUAGACGCGCCAAAAUCAUUUUCUUAAAUCAACAAGAACGAAAUAAAGUAAUAGUGUUUCUGUGAUAUCGUGACAUAACGUGACUCGUUGACGAUCAUGCUUGCGUGUUUUACUACGAUCAAUUGGUGAUAGUGCUAGAGAACGACGGACCACGACAUUGCUCUUGGUGAACAACCGAGAUAUUUUCGUGACAACGAGCAAGGACAUCUCAUAAUUUCGACGUUGUUUUAUCAAACACCGAGUGACUUCUUUUUGGUAUCAAGUGUAACGGAUGUAGUGCAGAAAAUGUUACAGGGAUAUUCUUUGAGGCAUACAUCACAGGUCGUAGAAUUUCCACAACGGCACGGCAAUACAGCCUUUUGCCUGAAGCCGCCGACUUUACAAACCUCUUUUAAUGCCGCUCCGUAGCACAUUAUUCAGCUGGCGAUGUAAAGUAGAGGAACACGUGUAAAGGCCGGCCUUUAAAACGCCUAACCGAGACCUGCCAACCUUCUUUCGCCUGCGUAUACGCGCAGCUUGACGAGGACUGAAAUGACGCAGGAGUCACGGUGAGAAAAGGGCGAGGGUUUCACCCUCGCACGAAAAGGGGGUGCCAUGGCGAAGAACUUUAGUUUCGUCGUUGGUGCAAGCCCAUCGACUACUCCUCUCCUUAUUCGUCUCCUCCUAGUCGGCUUCAUCUCGUUCGUUCCAGCAACUCUUGCCGUGGAUCUUUCACAAUGCAUCGCACCACUGGGCAUGGAAUCCGGAGCAAUACCGGAUAAGGACAUCACAGUCAGUUCCACCUACGAUGCCGGAAAUGUUGGCCCGCAUCUGGCACGGUUGAAAACGGAGAGCCUCGGUGGUGCUUGGUGUCCAAAGAAUCAGAUCACAAAGGAGGCGAAAGAGUGGUUGGAAAUUGAUCUUCACACUGUCCAUCUUAUUACUGCUACCGCUACUCAAGGUCGUUUUGGGAACGGACAAGGUGUCGAGUACUCAGAGGCUUAUCUUUUGGAGUAUUGGCGACCACGAUUGGGCAAAUGGGUUCGUUAUAGGGACAUCAAAGGACAAGAGGUAAUACCAGGCAAUACGAACACGUAUUUGGAGUCCAAGCAUGAACUGGAGCCACCUCUGUGGGCUAGCAAGAUCCGUUUUCUGCCCUUCAGCCGUCACACGCGGACAGUUUGCAUGCGGGUCGAGCUCUACGGGUGUUACUGGAGCGAUGGUGUGGUUUCCUACUCGAUGCCUCAAGGUGACAAAAGAGGAAACGAAUGGGAAUUCUUUGACGCCACUUACGAUGGCCAUUGGGACGAUGAACUUCGUCGUGGACUGGGCCAAUUAACUGACGGUAAAACGGGUCCAGAUGAUUUCAAGAUGGGCUAUUAUGACGAUCGAGGACAAGGUUGGGUUGGCUGGAGAAACGAUACACGAAGUGAUCAACCGAUUGAAAUUAAAUUUGAGUUCGAUGUAGUCAGAGAAUUCUCAGCAAUUCAUAUUUACUGCAACAACCAGUUCACCAGAGACGUUCAGAUCUUCUCGCAAGUCGACAUACUCUUCAGUAUAGGUGGGAGAUACUACAACGGUGAGCCGAUUACCUAUACCUACAUGGAGGACAAAAUAUUCGAAACGUCUCGUAACGUCACCAUCAAGCUUCACCAUCGUAUUGGCAAGUACGUGAAAUUGAGACUCCAUUUUUCCGCCAGAUGGAUCAUGAUCAGCGAAGUGAUUUUCGAUUCUGAUGUAGCUCACGGUAAUUUCACAACGGAAGAACCACCUACCACGGAAUCACCGAUCCAAAGUGAUGUUUUUGUUGAAAAAAAUGGAUCAGGCGUUGACGGUGAACUUCCUGUUUCAACUGCUAAACACGAUGAUCCAACUUACAUGGCAAUCGUAAUCGGUGUAUUGAUGGCAGUGAUAUUACUCCUUGCCGUGGCGAUAUUUCUGAUUGUUUCAAGGCACAGACAACGCAAAUGCUUUGCCAGUCCGAUGACUGGAAAAGCCCCAUCUCAUUUAGGUUCAACCUGUGCCACCGUUGAAAAAGGAGCAGCGUUGAUGGCUUAUACUUUGGAAGACGACGAAAGAUACGCCGGGGGUUCUUUGCCUACCCUACCACGUGAUCUGGGCAAUCGUCUCCUGGAUAUCGCCAAGCUCGAUGACUAUCAGGAGCCCUACCAAGCGUUGAAGUAUGCUCCAUACUACAGCUACAGCACCGUCGUUAUGGAGAUGAAAGACAUGAUGCUGAACAACAAGGGCACCAACAUCAAUCACUCAGCAGUGUACGCGAACGGUGCAGUUGACACAUCGUACGAUUAUGCGGUACCGGAACUCGGCACGGUACCUCUCCUCAACCAAGAAGGAACCGGAGGAUGCGCUAGAACCACCACAGUAUCCAGUACUACCAGCGACAAGGACAGUCUCUUCUCUAAAAAUUCUUCACAUAGCACUAAAACCGAGGACAAAAAGUCACCAACACAACAGGAGGUACUGUCGGCCUUGAAAAGACGUCUCGAGCAAACGAGCGUGCCGCUCUUCCCACGACAUCGCCUUCGCAUGCUUUCCAAACUCGCUGAAGGUGCUUUCGGGACGGUAUAUGUUGCUGAAGCCGAAGGGAUUCCUGAGUAUGGAACAACGACCACCCUUGGCAAACGUUUCGUCGCCGUCAAGUUUUUAUUACCGGAAGCCAGCGAGAAGGAAAAGCUCGAUUUCCAGAGAGACGUGAGGAUUUUGGCGGCACUCGAGGAUCGCAAUAUCGCUAGGGUUUUGGGUGCUUGCUGCCGUGAGGAACCCUACUGCGUUGUGAUGGAAUAUUUGGAACAUGGGGACCUCUGUCAAUUCCUAAAGACGCAUAUCACUGCAGAGGAUGCCCAUUCCAUGCCAAUCGGUGUUAAGACGCUUAGUUUCAACUGUCUCAUCUAUAUGGCAGCGCAAAUCGCAUCGGGCAUGCGGUAUCUCGAGAACCUCAACUUCGUGCAUCGGGAUUUGGCUACUAGGAAUUGUUUAGUUGGAAAAGCUUAUCAUAUCAAGAUCUCAGACUUCGGUACAGACAACGAACUAUAUGCCUGUGACUAUUAUAAAGUGGAUGGAACUGUACCUUUGCCUGUUCGUUGGAUGGCUUGGGAAUCUAUAUUUUUAGGCAAAUAUACAACGAAGAGCGACGUAUGGGCAUUCGCGGUGACUCUUUGGGAGAUUUUAAAUCUAGGAAGACGAAUUCCUUAUGAACAUUUAUCGAACGAAGAAGUGGUUGAGAGUCUCCGAAGAUUUCAUCGUGCUAACGAAGAAGAUGGCUCCGCUUCAGAAAGUGGUUGUACCGAUGGAACGAACGAUCAUUUUGAUUAUUUACCUAGACCAACGGCUUCAUCGAAAGACAUUUACGAUUUGAUGCUCGAAUGCUGGCGUCGCGAGGAAAACGAACGUCCGACGUUCCGCGAGAUCUCACUUUUCUUACAACGGAAGAAUCUCGGAUACGCGCCAACAUCUUGAUAUUGAAAUCUGAACACCAACGAGGGUUAUAAUUUCUUUCAUGGAACUUUCCGAUCUGCCGACGUUAUGAGGAUCGAACGAUGAUAUAACUUCAUCGAUUUUUCUUCUAUUUGUUAAUUAUCAGCUUCAGAACGGAUUUAUGAACUUUGAUAACGUAGAUCGUUUGAAAAUGUCAAUCGGAAAUACGUGAAGGUUCCAAUUUGAUCGGCAACAUUCAUGAAUAAAUAAAUAUCUUCCAAUUAAUUAGGAGUUUAGCUUGAAGCAUUUUAUGGAAAUUAUAUGGGCUGAGAAAAUGUAUUUUUGACGAUUAACACGUCUACGGAAAGGAUGUUAUCGUAUUGGUUCUCUUAUACUUUUUUGAUGAGAGAUCGUUAGGAGCCUAUAUCGCAAACAUUCCUUAUUAAAAUUUACAAGAAACUCCCGCUUGAUUGGAAUCAUCAAAUUCUUUGUCGUUUUCUUUUUGUUUUCGACGAGAAGAGAAAGAGCUGAGAAUACAUACAUUUGAUAUUUCUAAGAGACGAGAAUAUGACGUUGGACUGUGACUUCGACAAUCCAAUGAGUGCGCCGUGGUUCUUAAUAACUCGUUUAUAACAAAAGGCUACUGGUUUAUAUGACUGAACGAUAGAAUGGCGAUGACGCCUCUGAUGUAAUAAACUUAAGAUUAAAUGAAAAAAAAAAAAAAAAAAAAUGAAAAAAAAAAUGAAAAAAAAAAUAAGAAAAAAAAAGGGAGGAAAAAAAAUGAGAAUGAAAAAGACAAAGAAAAAGAAAAGAUAAAGAUAAAAAUAAAGAGAAAACUAUUCAAGAUUCUUCGUAAAGUAAACGUUUAGGAGCAAUACAAUGUAAUUAGCUAUUAAAUACUGCUGUGAACAUUCCUGCAUAGACGAGUAUGUAUCUAUGCCUUUGAAUAAUUACUUGAUCGAUUAAUCAUGAUACGAUCGAUAAUUCAGCACAAUGCUCGUUACUUAACCGAAUAAAAGUAGCGGCGAUGAGUGAUUGUUUGUUCGUUGGGUUUUUUUUCUUUUCUCUAUUUAAUUAAAAAUUACAUCGACCAUAAUGGCAAUAUAUUAAUUAUAACAAUAUAAACGCUGUGACUAUCGUUGCUAAUUAAUCGAAAAUUGCGAACGGAUGUGUGCGAUCAGUAUGAUGGAAUGCGUGUGUAUAUGAGUAUGCGUGUAUUGAUCUAUUUCUCUUCGAUAUUAUAUAAAAUAAAAUUAAAAAAAAAAAAAACCUCUUCGAGACAAGUCUGCAUGUAUAUACAUAUAUGUAUAUAAUAUAUAUAUAUAUAUAUAUAUAUAUAUAUAUAUAUAUAUAUAUAUUCGUAAUGAUCAUAAGCAAAUUUUAUAGAAUUAAAAGCGAUACCAAGCGACAUGGAGUUUUCAUAUUUGUUUUUAAUAUUAAUUUAAAAAAAAAACUUGAAUAAUUUAUUUUACUUUUAAUAUAUAUAACUUUCAUGAUAUUUUUUAAUUCAUGUCACUUAUAAUAGUCGGAUGCAAGAACUUUCAAGAAUGCUAAGAAUAGAAAUUCAAUAACGUUGUGCUGUUCUUGUAAUGAACAUUCAUAUCGAUAUAUCGAAACGAAUCAUCGAAUGAAAAGUAAAAAAAGAAAUACAUAAAUUGAAAUAAACAUAUAUUCGAUUAACGGCAAUAUCGAGAUAUUAUGACAACAGACAUGUUAUUAAUAAAACAAAAAAAAAACAAAAAAAAAACCAAAAAAAAAAAAAAGAAAAUUCUAUAUGCUAGGCGGGAUCAAUGAUACUAGUAUAAAUAUAUCGUGCAUAGGAAUGCAUUAAUAAACAUAAUAAUAAUGAUUAUUUCUUUUGAAAAUCACUAUACAUUUUCUUUCGAAAAUUUGGAAAGAAAAAAAAAUCA